AUGAAAUCCCUUCAAGAUCUCCUCAAUCGUCAUUACCUCGGACAAGUGAAAAUCACCACGAUGGUUGGCUUAACCGCUUUGGGGGUCCAAACCCCUCCAUCUACUGGCGUUUUUGACCCAAACAUUUUUGAGAGCAUGAGAGGAAUCCUUCACUUCUUACGGGGACAAGGCUCGCCUCUGAUGCUUAGCUUAUAUCCCUAUCAAGCAUAUGCUUACUCGGGGUACACUAAUAAUAUUACUUUGGGUUAUGCAACAUUCACUUCCCAAACAGAACAAAACUCCUCCAUACGAAUUGAUGGGGACUUAACAUAUAACAACAUUUUUGAUGAAAUGGUGGAUGCCUUUUAUGCCGCAAUCGAUAAGGCAAAUGUCGGAAAUGUCGCCAUUGCAAUUGGGGAAACCGGGUGGCCGACCAAUGGGAAUUAUGCUGCGAACCCAUCGCUUGCACUUACAUACAAUAAAAAAUUUAAGAAUCAUAUUACCUCUGGGAAGGGGACACCAAUGAAGCCAAAUAUUUAUAUUGAAGGAUUCAUCAGAAGUUUAUUCAACGAGAAUGAAAAGCCUGAAGGUGAGUCACGAUUUUAUGGCAUGUUCAAUGUUGAUUCCACACGGCCUAGUUAUUCAAAUGUGUUUGAUUAA